CAUUUUGAAACGGUAGUGCUUAGUGCUUUUUGUUCGUGUGGAGCGCUUGCUCGUUGCGAAGAGUUAAUUGUGUAGUAGUCAAGUGCUGUAGGUUUAAAUAAUCGAACAUUCAAAAUGAGCUGGCAAGAUUACGUCGAUAAACAGUUAAUGGCAUCCAGAUGUGUGACAAAAGCAGCAAUUGCCGGUCACGAUGGGAAUUUGUGGGCAAAGUCGGAUGGCUUCGAAAUAUCAAAAGAUGAAGUUGCAAAGAUAGUGGCCGGUUUUGAAAACGAAUCGCUCCUAACAAGUGGCGGCGUGACGAUAGCGGGCACGCGGUACAUCUACCUCAGUGGCUCAGACCGCAUCAUACGCGCAAAGCUCGGCAAGGUCGGCGUGCACUGCAUGAAGACGCAGCAAGCCGUCGUCAUCUCUCUGUACGAAGAACCCAUUCAACCCCAGCAAGCCGCGUCUGUAGUGGAGAAGUUAGGAGACUAUUUAAUUACCUGUGGUUAUUAGAGAUCGAAGCGCGCCCGUGAUCUAAGAAUACUAUAAGAUUAAUAUUUUUUCCACAGGGAAAUAAGUAACUGCAUUUUGUAUAUUCUAUAAAGUGAUAAGGACCGUUCAUUUGUUUUGAUAUUUGAUAAAUUAUGGCGCCAUCGUGUCGGAUGCGUGUAGUAACUGUGUACAGAUACAAUUACUUUGCGGAUUCUGGAUCAUUUUUUACACGCUCACCGCUUCCACAAUGUAAUUGAUACUGUAAAAUGGUUUAAAUUUUUGUAUUUUAAAAAUGUUUGCUUUUGACGACCAUUGUAGCGAGGCGUGUUUUCGCUUUAGCAAUCAGGUCUCAAGGCAUGAUGUAUAGAGAUUUUUUUAGGGGUUUUUCUCUUCAAGCAUCUCAGUCAGUUCGUGUUAUCAAUCGUAGUAGUUGUGUGACUCGAAAAUUUUAUGUAACCAGGCUUAUCACUCAUUGAUAUAGCAGGACUAUAGUGCAGAUCGAUGCUUGAUGAGAAAUUCCGAGUUUAAUACCACGUAAUGAAAUUACUGUAACAAUAUACAAAAUAUAUAUAUAAUUACAAAUAUGCAUUCGUGUAAGGGCUUGUUACAAAUUGAAAGACACUGUAACCCAAGUAAAGUAUUACGAUUAUAAUUGAAAAUCUCUAGUCCCACUGGAACCAUCGUGAGAGUAUUCGGUUAGUGAGGCGGAGGAGCGGCCCCGUGCGCCGCGGCCCGCGGGCGCGCCUGCUCCGGGAGGCAGGGCCACGGGGCCGAAGCGCCCGCGAUUGCUAAAUUUAUGCUAUGCUUCCUUUUUUAAUUAUGCCGCAUUUAUAACUUGUAUCGAUAAUAAACUUUGCAAAUAUUUGUUUUACUUACUCUUAGCUGCAGAAACUAGAAGCGCUCAAUUACCCUGUAUCCUCCGACAAGGCUUGCAGUAAACGAAGGGUGCAUAUUGUUUAAUAUUUGAUAUUACUACUAUAGCUUUGUACAUUGUUUCUGAUAAGCGAUGGGAACUGUGUCUAUCUAAUAAUAAAUGAUUUGUAUUAUA